AUGCCCCUGACUAUCACGUCGCCAACCUUCAUUGUCCUCCGGGCACAGGGGUCAGAACCGUGGUCGAAGGGGGCCAAAGAUGCGCGGCGGCUUACUUGCACGCCAGCGGAAUGCGGCGUUAACCACACACAAAUCGGUGGCAUCAUCAACGACACCAAAGCAGAGUGUGUGAAAUGCCCCGUGGAAAACGAUUUCUGCUAUGCGAACGAGUUCAAGAUGAAGCCGGGCCACAUGGUUGACCCCGAGAACAUCAGCUUCACAUUCUACUGCCCCAAUCCCUCCGCCUGUCCGGGUGGCAACUCCUCCAACUUGUCCUUAAUGUGCGCUGAUGGCUACGAAGGCAAGUCAUGUGCCAACUGCUCAAUGGGCUAUGCCAUCUCAGACAGUAGCGUGCUCUUGUGCACUCGCUGUCCGAAGACGUGGCGGCAAAAGGCCUUGCAAUGGCUAUCCAUGCUCGGGAAGCAUGUGCUACCCUUUGCGUUGGCAGCCAAAAGCGCAUUGGCUGCGCCAACCGCUCGCGAAGCCGACCGUGCAAGAGCUGCUUGGCUUUUUUCAGCCGUUUUGCUCUUUGCAAGGGAGGAAUAUUCGGAAGCUUCAGAAGCUGUGCAGGUUCUGAAUCAGGAUUCUGUUCAAGAGGAGGCCAAGCGCAGCGCCGUGCUCAUCAAUCAGCUACUGUCCUUCGCAACCGUCACCGGCGGCCUCUUGACGAUCGUUGCCCAGACAAAUGCCGUCCGGGAAAUCAAGAACUGGGCAGUUGUUCUGGAGAUAUGCGGAGCGACAACCUGGCUGAUGGGUGGAGAAGGGCCCUCUGAAGGGUUCGGCGGCUUUGGGGUUUCUUCUCUUUGCCUGCUGACGGAUCUGGGCCUUUCUGGAAAGCUAUGGCAAGCCCACCUGCUUCACACUGUCAUUUCAUUGGCUUUAGUCUUCGGUCUUAUGGCCUUUCGUCGACCAGCACAGCACGGCCUUGUGGUGGUGGUAGGCUUGAAUUGCUUUUGGCCUGGGAUUUUCAGCUACUUUGGCAAGUACCUUUACUGCUACCAGUUUGCGCCAGAGAGCGCCGCCAUAAAAAGGGAGGAUACAUACGAUUGCCCCUUCACAGACAGCCUUGGUCAGCGGAUCGCGCUGCGCAUCGUCAUGCUUGUGGUCUUCCUGGUGGUCGCGCUUGUGUGGAUCAGCCUUUCACUGUUUCCUAUCUACAAGAAGGGUGACGAAGGUGACAAAGAUCCACCACUUCAUGUGAUCUUCCUGAGCCGAGCAUACCGACAGAGCUGCCGCCUGUGGGAAUCCGAACGCCUCAUGAGGAAGACGCUGCUGACGCUUGCCGUCUCUGCACUUCCCAUCACUUCCUCUCCC